AUGUCUUUACCUCCAUGGCGACAGGUACAACCAGUUCAAACGAUGCACACGGCCUACAACACCGUCGGUGCCCGCAGAGGCUUUGAGGCGCCACAAGCAAUAACACAUACACACAUGGCAAGCACCACGAACUCGAUGUCCUUAUCUGCAUCCUCAGAACCAAAACCGGUUCCUCGGGCCAAGAUGACAUGGUCACAAGACGUUCGCGAUUAUGUUCAGCGUUCAUUUGACACAGAUGCGUAUAUUCCCGGUAUAGAGCGAGAGGAAGUCGAAAAGAAAUUGAAAAGCAUCAUCAACAACGCUGCUGAGACCGAUACUUUGUUGACUACAAACUGGGCUGAGCUACCGUUACCUCAGAAAUUAAUCCAGGAAGACAGAAAACUCGCGUUGGCGAGAAACAGCGUAGUCUAUGGCCAAGGGAGCUCAUUAACCUCUAACGCGGAUCGUAAACGGAAGAGCAAUGACGCUCUUUCAGAAGGACAGGAUCGAAGAUCACCUCCUCCAUGGCGGCAAACCAGUAAUCAGAACCCUUUAGAGGAUCGCUUGACCUUUGCCACGCAGGAGCAAGCCGAUCGUCUAGACAAACGCCAACGAAAGCUCCAUGAUAAAUCAAGUAAGUACCAGAAUGAUCUCGAACGACGAAAGCAACGUUUCCAGAGCGGGAAAUUGCCGUGGUCAUCGGAUGGAUCUGAAUCUAGACGAGCGGAAAACAAUCCGGAUAUAGUCCCUCAAGGUCCCGUGAUAGGCACAUGCCAAACAUUGGAGAAGAGGUACCUUCGUUUAACAUCAGCUCCAAAGCCUGAAGCUGUUCGGCCACUGCCUGUCCUCAGAAAAACCUUGGAUCUGUUGAAGAAGAAGUGGAAAGAAGAAAACAACUAUGGCUACGUGUGCGACCAGUUCAAGUCCUUACGCCAGGAUCUGACAGUGCAGCACAUCAAAGAGGAAUUUACUGUCAACGUUUACGAGAUCCAUGCCCGCAUCGCACUAGAAAAGGGAGACAUGGGUGAGUAUAAUCAGUGUCAGACGCAGUUGCGCGCACUGUAUUCGCAAAACCUGGGUGGCAAUCCACCUGAAUUCUUGGCCUACCGUAUUCUUUACUUUAUUCACACAAACAAUCGAACCAGCAUGAACGACGUGCUGGCCGAUCUAACCGCUACAGACAAACAGCAACCCGCUGUUGCACAUGCCCUCAAAGUGCGUUCUGCACUAGCAUUAGGCAACUACCAUAAGUUCUUUCAACUCUAUCUAGAUACUCCCAACAUGGGCGCUUAUCUCAUGGACAUGUUCAUCCAACGAGAACGGCUUGCAGCAAUGGCAAAUAUAAUGAAAGGGCACGGCUCGUCUCUGCGCAUCCGAUACAUCACAGAAGAGCUCGGAUUUGAGUCAGACCAUGAGUGUGCACAAUUCAUUUCCGAUUUCGGCGGCGACGGACUGUUCACCGGUACGGGCGAUGGGGUCCGCGUGAACCCAAAACUCGGCGUAGUGCUCUUCGAAAGCGCUCGAGCUGCUGCCUUCCGCAAGGUAGACAUCAAGGGACAGAUAUGA